AUGGCUCAUUCUGCAGAAUCUACCGGCAAUGUAAAAAGUGGUCUUAUAGACUUCACAGCUGGCUCAUUGGGUGGUGUAGCUGUAGUUUAUGUUGGCCAGCCACUAGAUACAGUUAAAGUAAAAAUGCAAACAUUCCCCCACCUGUAUAAUAAGGGCAUGUUGAAUUGUUUGAAGCUGACACUGAAAAAUGAUGGGGUGAUCAGAGGUUUAUAUGCUGGAGUUGAGAAAGUGGAGCAGUUAUCAACCCUGGGUAACGCAUCAGCAGGAUUUCUGGCUGCGUUUUUUUCCUCAUUCACGCUGUGCCCCACGGAACUUAUUAAAUGUCAACUACAAGCAAUGCGAGAGGUCAACGUGCAAAGCUCACAAACAGUUAAAAUAACGCCCUUGCAGUUAACUCAGCAAAUAUUUAGACAAUACGGAAUUCAGGGUCUCUUUCGUGGACUUGUGCCUACUAUUAUGAGAGAAAUGCCUGGGUACUUUUUCUUUUUUGGUGGAUACGAAGGUGCUAGAGAACUACUAAAGAAGCCGGGACAGUCAAAAGAUGACAUAGGUUUUGUCAGAACUAUGAUUGCGGGUGCAGUUGGAGGUCUCGUCCUUUGGACGGUGAUAUUUCCGUCCGACGUGAUAAAGUCUCGGGUACAAAUAUCCAACAAGAGCCAAAAGUUCCUUACGGUUGGAUAUGAAAUAAUUCAGAAAGAAGGUGUUCUAGCAUUGUACAACGGGCUCAAACCAACUUUGGUGAGGACUAUCCCAGCGACUGCGGCCCUUUUCGUUGUUUACGAAUAUUCUAAGAAGUGGAUGCAUGAAUCAUUUGGAGACUAA